GUCAUCUCAGAACUCAUCAGCUAUGUGGCUUUCCACAGGCCAGCAUUUUCUGAAUCAGCUAAAGGCAGAGUGGUGUUUGAACGCAGAGGUAGAGGAAGGGCACCAGAGCAAUAGAGGAAGCCAAAAUGAGCCGGAAAAGCAAAAGGAGUUUAAAGGAGAAAUUUGCCUUGAAGAACAGCUUGGUUAAAGAAGCCCUCUCAGAAUUCCUGGGAACUUUUAUAUUGAUAGCCCUUGGAUGUGGGUGUGUGGGGCAGGCUGUCCUCAGCCGAGGAGCCCAUGGUGGCCCCAUGACAGUGUCAGUUGGAUUUGCAAUAGCAGUCACCAUGGCAGUGUACGUGUCUGGAGGGGUUUCUGGUGGUCACAUAAACCCAGCCGUUUCACUAGCUAUGUGCGUGACUGGAAGAUUAAAAUGGACCAAAUUACCAAUUUACAUAUUAGCACAACUCCUGGGAGCAUUUGUUGGAGCAGCAGCUGUCUUUGGGAUUUAUCAUGAUGCCUUUAUGGAGUACAGCAACGGAACACUGGAGGUUACAGGACCUAAUGCAACAGCACAUAUCUUUGCAACGUACCCAGCUCCAUAUCUGUCCCUCAUAAAUGGAUUUGCAGAUCAGGUGAUGUCAACAGCUGUUCUUCUUCUGGCUAUAUUUGCUAUUUUUGACACCAGAAAUAACAGCGUACCAAAGGGCCUGGAGCCAAUUGCAGUAGGACUUCUUAUAAUUGUUCUUACUUGCUCCUUGGGAAUGAACAGUGGCUGUGCCAUGAACCCAGCCAGGGAUCUGGGCCCAAGGCUCUUCACAGCCGUUGCAGGAUGGGGGAUGGAAGUAUUCACCGCUGGAAAUAAUUGGUGGUGGAUCCCUAUUGUUGCACCUAUGCUGGGAGGUGUACUUGGAGCAAUGAUCUACAUUGUUUUUAUUGAAAUUCAUCACUCGGAUUCUCAGCCAGGAGAAGAAAAUGAUGUGUAUGAUAAAUACGAACUGACCAAUAUGGAGUAAGAAGUGAAGAAUUUUCUCUUUCAUUUUGUUGUGCAAUUUUUACACAAAUGAUUGUUUGGACCAUUUUAUAAAACCUCUAUGCAUCAAUUAGAUAUUCACAUUUCAAAGAAAAUGCAUAUAGAAGACAAGUUCAAAACUGACCUCUUGCCAUGAAACAUUACACCGAUCACUGGAGACUUGGGGGUGGGAAGGGUAAAUUGUUAGAGUUUUUAUAUGGCUUUCAGAUCAAGUUAUCUCCUAGAUGAAAUCGUAGUGAGAUGAUGCACUGACAUGUUAAUUCAACACAUAUGAUCUUAAUCACAUUGCCUAAUUACCUGAAAACAGAUGAGAUAUUGUUACGAAACUGCAUGUAUAGGUAGUUAAUUGGUUUAGUGCUGAAUUAAUGUGUAAGAGUGUCACUCACUUCUUAGAGCCAUUAUUUAAGAAUUACUUGUCUGAAAAUUAAAAACAAUACCUGAAUUGCUGAAAUGUAAAUUGAAGCAGUUUUUAAUAACUUACUAAAUUUUUAUGGAGCCAAUAACUGAACAGCAAAGAAUCAACUCAUCACUGAUGAGAUUUAGUAACCCAGAAUACAAUCACAACUGGUAAAAACUGUGUGUUAAAGAUCAACACCUAAAAGACAAAGCUGCACUUCUGCACAGGUUCUUCAUAGCAAUAGCGUUCAGUUAUUUUUAAACUAUUUUCUUGACUUUUAUGCUGCCCAAUAUUAAAAGCCUAACCUAGAUUAGUAAUCUGAACCUCUUCUGUUUUGCUUUCUGGAUGAAAUUCAUUCCUGUGGAGAUAGGCCAGCAGCAGAGGCUUACAUUGUGCAGAGGUCAGCACAAGGCCUAUUUCUGUAUAAGCUUUAAAGAGGCCUUCUGCUGAUGAUCUACACAGGGGGAUUUAAUCUGCUUUGUGGGAGUAAUUUUUAUUUUGGUAGCAGUAAUUAAAAUUAGAAACUGGUCUCAGAAGUAGUCCUAGAUCCGAAUUCCUCAAGAAAGGACAGCUCCACUUCAGAGUUCUGGGGCAUGGGUUCUCUCUCACUAAAGACAAGUGGUUGGAAAUACACCACUUACUAAAUAUCCAGCCUUGAAAAAUGAAAGUAUUUCUGCUUAAUCAUUAUGAAUUGAAUGUAUCCAGUUAAAUAAAAGCUCAUUUCUAAGAUGUAUACAUAAACAUAUGGUUGAUGGUAGUGAUCAUGAAUAAAUAGACGUUUUAUUCAGUGAUGCUGCUGAGCUAUUUUCAUGGCAAAACUCCAGCGUACCAGUUUAACGCACUCAUUUUAGGGUGCUCUUCCUUUGGAUUCCUACAGCUCUGCUCCCUAGAAUUCCACACUAUUUUCUGAUUUCACUCCUGAAGGGAGGAACCCUUUGUGUUGCCAGUAAGAGCCCAUGCACUUUGGUGAGGUAACCACAGAAGUGGUUUCGAAAACGCUGUGGUCGGAGUCUGCCUCAGCAUUUGGGCAGACCAAGCCUGUGUCGCAGCACGUCUUUAUCACGCUCCCUGGUACACCACUCAGAAUUCAUGGCAACAAAGGGAUAGGAUUAGCCAGUCAAGCAAAGUUCUGCUUGCUGCAGCUGUAAGUCAGAUAAUGCUGUAUACUCAAGAGAGUAUAAUUACAAUUUUAAUUAUGUUUUUAAAGAAAACUUACAGAACUGUAAUGAACAGGUUGCCCAGAGACCAUAUCAACCCUGUGCAAAGUGCUCAUUUGACUGAGCAUUUCUUCACUGUGGGUUAGAAACCGAUACAGCUAUACACAUCCACAUUUGUGUGCAUUGUGCCAGUCCUCAGUCUGAGCAGAGGCAGAGACAGGAGAAGCAAGAGUACAGUGCAGAAAUUAUUCCUAACUGUAGGCCUUACACUGGCAGCACAGACAAGCCAGUUCCUCUGCCCUGUAUACUGAUGAAUUACACUACAUAAAAUAAGAUGGUGUGUAAAAGCAGAUGCAGACUGAGCCUCCUUUCGCUCCCCCUUGCAAUGAGUGCCGUCUCUCACCCUUUGGUGAUACCGGCAGGAGCACUCCUCAGUGGCUGCCAGCCACCUGUGUCUGGAGAGGGCCUACAUGGGCAGGACCAGCCAGAGGGCUGCCCCUCUACCACUGACGCCAACAUCUAACAUGAAAUAUCUGUGCAGAAAAUAGACAGCUGUUUAACCAGAAGUAACCAAUUUUGUCCAAAACAUUAGGGGCAGGUUAUCACUUACUGUGCUAGAACUUCACAUAGUCAGUAGGCUCUAUAUGCCUCAUUAUUAUAUUGCUUCCUUCAAUACACCAUGGAAAACAUGAGGGAAAGCAGAAUACAGGUCAGGAAUAAGAAAGAGAGAGUUUAUUUAUACAAUUUACUGAGUGACCAGCCCACACUUACUGUGUGUGCACUGGCCAAGGUACAUAAAGCUGUACAUUUUCUCAAAAUCCUUCUGAUCACAACAGGUUCUGCCUGUAAAUCAACAUGAAAUCUUGUCUCUACCACUUAUGUCAUUCCUAUGCACUAAAUUUCUGUAUAAGUGAUAUUUACUUGUCUGAAGUCACCAACAUGAAAGUCAUAAGUAGUGACACACUCAUGUGAUA